AUGCAGAGUAAUCGUAAGGAUUCAUGUAAAAACAGUCUUUAUAGGACAAUUAGCUCUGAUAACCUUUCAUUUUCCCCAUCAGAGUUGCCUGCUAAGCCUAAAAUUGAUACCCAGUCUGGGAAUUCUAAAGGGAGAGGUUUUGAAAGUUUGAGAGGCUUGAAGGAUGUAGAUGGUAGUGGGAGAGCCAUGAAGCUUUCUAGACCGGAGAGAAUUCUCCGUGAAAAGGGUGAGUCAUGUGCCUACCAUGUGACAUUUAAACGGAAAAUUGGAUGA